CAACUAGUUACUUCCCCUUUUUUAAGAAGGACAUUAUUUAGAUUCACGUUCAACUGUUAAAAAAUGGACAAGUUUGUUGUGAGAAAACGAAAGAACGAGAGCGACAGUUCACAGAAUAACAAGAAAACAAAAUCGCAAUCAAGUGCCGAAAUCACAGAACAAAAAUCUCUAAACGUAAUUUUUUUAGUGAAUGAACAACUAGAAUGGCGAGAGAUACGAAGAGAAAACUUAAACUGUGAUUAUUGUGUGUUAUUUGGAAAGAAGAACGCCGACAGGAUACUAGAGGAGUGUGAACGAUGUUUGUCAUACAACGAAGGACAACUCGCGAAAGUGCAGAUAUAUGGCAAAUGGCAUGACAUUCCACGAAAGCAAGUUGCCCAUGGUGAUGAAGGUCUUGCCUACAGCUUCUCAAACAACACUGUGCCUGCCAGACCAUGGACACCAUUCCUCUCGGCCAUCAGAGAUGUGAUCAGUCAGAAAACAGGAUACAACUUCAACUUUGUCCUCAUAAACAGGUAUAAAGAUGGGCAAGAUCACAUGGGAGAACAUCGUGAUGAUGAGAAGGACCUGGUGUUUGGUCAUCCUAUAGCCUCACUUUCGCUCGGGCAGUCAAGGGACUUCCUGUUCAAGCAUGCUGAUGCUCGGGGAAAGAAUGCCACGCGCUCCAUUGAGACUGUGAAAAUACUGCUGGAGCAUGGGAGUCUGUUGAUGAUGAAGCAUCCCACUAACGUGUUCUGGUAUCAUUCAUUACCGCAGAGGAAGAGGUUGAUGAAUGUGCGGAUCAAUAUGACUUUUCGAAUGAUGGUGGUAAAGUAAUAUCCGAAAGUAAUAUGAUUGUUAAAAAACUUGUAUUUUACUUCUAUCAAAAUGUUUAAUAAAGCAUCUGUAAUAAA